AAAUGAUUUCCUUAUCCACUUUCCCUCCUGCCCUCAUAAACCUUCCACAUUUCAUCACACUACCACACCUCUCUUUUUUCUAAACCAUGGCUGACGCUAUUUUCACUUUCACCAUUGCCAACCCAAAUGUUCACUCCUCUUUCCAAGCAUCAAAAUUGCGUAGGCAGUGUCCAAGAACUAGACUUUUUAAUGGGUGGCAGCAGGUUGACGGAAGCAAAAAGAAAAGGGCUUCUUUAAGUAAAGCAAAUGCAUUGCCAGAUUGGCCUCUAAUGGCCAUUCUAGUUGAGCAUGCAGAAGGGCAAAGAGAUCUUAUAACUAACAAAUCCGUUUGGCAUCUCAGUGAUCAAGCCAUUAAGAACGUCUAUCUUUUCUACAUCAUGUUCACUUGCUGGGGAUGCAUGUUCUUUAGUGCCACAAAAGAUCCAUACUAUGACUCAGAAGUGUACAGAGGAGAUGGAGGAGAUGGUACUGGACACUGGUUCUAUGAGAAGCAAGAAGAAGUAGAAGAAGAAGCAAGAGCAGAGUUAUGGAGGGAGGAGCUAAUUGAGGAGAUUGAGCAAAAGGUUGGAGGACUUCAAGAAUUGGAAGAAGCUGGGAGGAAGUAAUUAUUUUUCUAUGUUUUAAUUAGCUAAACCAUUCAUACAUAUAAUUUGUAUAUACUAUUCUUCUUAAGUCUUAUGUUGUUGGCUAUUAAAAUAUUUAUUUACUUGAGAAAAUUAUUUUUUGCAUUA